GAGAUUUAUCACGACAACCCAUCACAAGCAACACUAACAGCUCUGAGGAGUCACAAUUCCACAGUCGACGCUCACAGCUAAGUGAAUGGGUGAGAACAUGCACAGCCCCGAGCGCAAAGCCUCAUCCGCCUGACGACUCUGGUCUAAAAAUAGCCACCAAUGAGAACGACACGUUCGAGGAAUAUGUGCGGGGGCUGGCUGUGAUGGGGAGGCUGGACUGGACCCGGCGAAUACUACGAACAGCACGCACCUCUAUUCUGGUAGGUGUAAUAUAUUAG